GCAUAUACUUGGAGCACAGCAGCACAGCAUUGACAAUCAAACAACUUAAUCGAUCCCCAACAACAAUUUCUCCACCGUCUUCAGAGACUCCCAAUCUCAAUCUUCCUACUACGAAAGGCCUCCUUGUUUUUGUGUUUUUAACAGCGCAUAUCCUACACUUUUACAUCUUAAAGACGAUACCGUCACCACCUUUGGUACUUCAGCAAUAGCUCUCGUACCAUAUCCCAAACAACCAGCAAUGCCUUCACAUUUGCCCUCGAGCUUCGCAUCUGCUGCGGCAGGUCAAUCAUCCCGCGACACACGACCAAGUGGCAGAAACGAACCGCGAGGAGGCGGCGACUGGGCCAGGAAGGAAGCUCGAUCCUCAAACGGCACUUUGACGCUCCGUCGAUCCUCUACGAACCCUAACGCUGUCCCCGGACAAGCUGUGCCGCAAGUCGAGCAAUCAACCACAUCAUCAGCGUCGGAUUCAUUCUUCACUCAAUAUACCAACAACCCAGGAAGCGAAGCGCCAGUUGACACGCGAUAUUCGAAAGACGCGAUUCUUGAUAUCUACAAAGCGCACCAGUCUUCGGUUAGUUCUAACGACGACGUCGCGAGAUUAUUUGUGAAUAACUGGAAUCCCGAACAGCAGAAUAGCUCGGGUGCAAGAGGUUGGGGGAAGUCGAACGAUACUAGGGACCAUAAUCACGGACCCGAAAUCUGUUGGGAUCAAAGUGGCGAGGUGCAACCUAUUGGCCUUCAAGAUAUGUCGGACGUGGAAAGAUCUAUUUUCACCAACGACGUCAACUCGCCACUUAAGCCACUUUCGCAGAAUACCAAGGAGCAAGGGACACCUGGGGGAGCUACGAACGGACGGAAAACAUCCGUCUCUCACGGUCAGGGAGGAGCAGCUGGGCCUUUCGGAGUUACACCCCCUACGCCUGGUCGACCCGGAACUCGACGUAGGGAGACCGGCGAAUCUGUUGGCUACAUCUCGCUCACGUCACCCGCAACCAUGAGCAGAUUUAACCGAGACGAACCAUCGCCAUUUUUCAACCGGAAGGCGGGUGAUAAAGAUUCGUUCCAGGCAGACGAUCGUGAUGACGGAGUGAAGCACGGCCAGACGUCUCUUCCGUUUGGUGGAGUGUCCCGCAGCAACACUGCUGGAAGCGGCCUUGGCAAUGGGCCUGCUUCCCCGUGGGGAGCUCCAACUUCCGGUGCCAAUAUGUCUACUAUGGGAAGCUUUGGAAGCUUUGCGCUUCCGUCCGGUUCGAACCCUCCAGCGACUCCUGGCGAGAAGCGCCCGGCGUUUGGGAGAGGCGAGAGUAGACUUGCCCACCUGAUGCCGAAGGAAAGCUCCGAGGAGCUAUCGUCUAAAGGCGAGAGCCUUCGAUCUGAUGCCGCUAAGUCGUGGAGGGCAAGAGCUCGUACUGAUACCGAUCCAUUUGAUGAUGAAUCGAUCAGACCGGGAAGUGCGGCUCUGGGAGGCCAGGAUAUCAGCCCUCCGUUAAGCCAAAACCGUCGGGCCCCUGGACUUGAUACUCCUAGUCGCCAGGCUUCAGGCGACCUUGGGAUGUCGGAUGCCCCAGGGUUCCGGGAUGGGAUGCAUGGCCAUGGAAUCCACACUCCCCAUGAACGCCUUGGAGGGCAUCGUGGGUUGGAAAGCCCGACGGAAACCAACCCUUACGCCAGCCCACCGGAUGAGCGGGCCCAGCGCGAAGAGGACGAGGCCAGUAUUGGAAGCAACCCCAUGCACCAAGCUCGUCCUCAUGGCUUAGGUGGGGUUGGGGAACAGGCUUCCAAUCCAUUUGGGGGGCUUGCUAGAGGCUUCCCCAACGCGCCUUUCGAUGGAAGUGACCGCAGCCAGACUUCCAGCGCCACAGGCAGCAAGGGAUUCCCGUCUCUUGGCGCUGGUGGUUUGGGUGGACUUGGAGGUUGGCCAACAAGCGCCAAUCCUAUUGGCACCCCUGACCGGGAGCGGUCAUUCCAAGGCGCGUUUGGCAACUCAAUUUUCGGGCCCAUGGGCGACAUGCAAUCUCCCAGCUUGGGUGGUUUGGGGAACCUGGGGCCUGUAUCGGGCGGUCUUUCUGGGUCAAACACGAUUGGUCGCGGUAGCAAGCUUGGGUCGCUUUUCCCGGCGGCGAUGCAGGCGCAGAUGCACACCACUGAGGCUGAUCACCAAGGGGAGGAUCAGCGUCAAAUGAGCAACUUCGGGGCCAUUGGCAGAAAUGCAUUUGGCCCUCCAAGAGAGACCGACAGUCCCUUGAGAUCCGGAAGAGGAGUAUUUGAUGAUCUGUUCCAGGCAUCUGAUUUCCGUCAAGGCCAGCACCCUCCUACUGAAGGAGCUCAGCCCCAAACCGCUUCUGGUUCCCAACCGCCAUCAACUUCGCAGACUCCAGGUCAAGCUUAUCAGCAAGGUCAGACCUCGGCAGAGCAGACACCGACCCCUGGCAACCUUCCACAGACUCAGCAGCGCACUAUGGUGAUGCCCGAUCGCAUGCGCUGGGUCUAUCUUGACCCUCAAGGACAGACGCAAGGCCCUUGGUCUGGAUUGGAAAUGCACGACUGGUACAAAGCAUCGUUCUUCACGCCGGAUUUGUCUGUCAAGAAACUUGAAGACGUUGAGUUUGAACCUCUUGGUCAACUUAUUAGAAGAAUUGGGAACUCUCGUGAGCCAUUCCUGGUACCCCAGAUUGGUAUCCCUUACGGUCCUGUUACUGCUCAGUCUGGAGCUCCAUUUGCGCCCACUGCUACGACUGGUGCGCCCGGUCCUCAACCCGGAGCUGUCCAGCCUCCGUUUGCCGGGGCUUUCCCAAGCUUCGGUACAACUUUGACAGCGGAGCAGCAGAACAACCUCGAGCGCCGCAAGCAAGAGGAACAAUACCUCAUGGCGCGCCAAAGGGAGUUCCUUGCACAGCAGCAGGUCAACAUGAAGCAGAUGCAGAUGCCAGGAGGCCUCCCAUCGGCUCUGCACCACCAUUCCAGCGCCCAUAGCUUGCAGAGCCAGCCCAGCUUUGGCAGCAUUACCUCUCCGAUUGGCCCUAUCAUGCCACAGCAGCAGAUUCCAACUAGCGGCUCCAGCUUCUUUGACGCCAGUGCUCGCCCAGCACCUACUACUGGUUCAAACCUACCACCUGACUUUUUUCGCGAAGAUGAGGUUGCGAGACUAAGCCUACAGGACCGCCAGCAGACUUUUGGUGCCCCAACUGGCGCCACGCAAGCAUCCCGCACUCAAUUGCCUGCUAUAUUCUCGCAGCAAUCUCAAGCACAGGCGGCCGCAUCUCAGCAUCAGGCGCAUUCCGAAAAUGAUCCCCAAGGAUUCCGGGCACGCCUCCAAGAGUUUGAGCAGCUCCGAGCCCAACAUGAUAUGGAGCAGGCCGAGCAUGCGCCUGCGCCUGCGACCACUGAGCCAAUCCGCCCACCCCAGAACCGUCAACAGUCCCGCACGGAAACCGUUACCACUGAGACCGAAGUUUUGGUAGAGCGUAAGGACCAGGAGGAGGUUUUGUCGCUUACUGAGCAGAUUCAAAAGGCUGCUUCAGCAAAGCAGACUCCUCAGCCAGAGUCUCCAUGGGCGAAGGUUUCCAGUGGCCUGCCAAUGCCAUUCCCGCCACCACCGCAGUCAACGACUCCUCUCCCUGCCCCCGCUGCUCAGCGCGGCCGAUCCAACCUUCCCGAGACUCUCCACGCGGGAACUAGGUCUAGAUCUGAGACACCUGAUACUUCAGCUGCUCCGCCAUCUAUCGCCCCGUGGGCUAAGGAGCCAGUUGAUGCUCCAAAAGGCCCUUCGUUGAAGGAAAUCCAAGAGGCUGAAGCUAAGAAGGCCGCCAAGCUAGAGGAAUCUGCCGCUGCAGCUCGCCGUGCUCUCCUGGAGCAGGAGCUUCGUGCUCAGCCAACCGCCGUUGCUCACGGGCUACCAACCACCUCUACCUGGGCCAGCAGUGCCUCGCCAGUCGGCCCUGCCGUUACUGCCACUUCCACUUGGUCUAAGGCUACCACUACCAAGGUGCAGAACCCAGUGCCUGCAGCCACUGCCAGCAAGAAGACCCUUGCCGAUAUCCAAAGAGAGGAGGAACUUAGAAAGCAGAAGCUUGCCGCAGCUGCCGUUGCGGCCGCCCCAGCCUUACCUUCCGGCGGAAAGCGCUAUGCAGAGCUUGCAAGCAAGCCCACUGCUGGACAGCCAGCAAUGAACUCUGCUUGGUCUACGGUUGGCGCUGGUGGAAAAGUCAAGAUGCCUGGAGGUCCCGUCGUCGCUGCUCCAUCUCCUGUGAUGCGCCCGGCCAGUUCUACUGCCGGACCAACACUUGCCAAGGUGGCUAGACCAGCUGUCAUUGAGAACCGAGCCAACACUAGCUCCGCAGCGCUUUCAAGCCAAGGUGGAGUAUCCACUGCCCAACAGGAGUUCACCAAGUGGGCCAAUGCGGCGCUUGCCAAGGGGCUCAACACUGAUAUCAAUGUUGACAACUUUGUUCAAAUGCUCUGCGAGUUCCCAGGCGAGCCAGGUGUCAUCGCUGAUAGCGUCUACGCCAACUCCCAACUUAUGGAUGGUCGCCGCUUCGCAGACGAGUUCCUCCGCCGCAAGAAGCAGGCCGAGAAGGGCAUUGUUGAGAGCGCCGGUGCCGGGUCGACGGGCUUCUCUACCGCAGGGUCGGGAAGUGCGUCUGCCGGUGGGUGGAGCGAGGUAGCCAAGAAGGGGCCAGCCAAGGUGGAGGAACCAGUCGCGUCUGGGUUCAAGGUUGUGCCCAACAAGAAGAAGGGUCGUAAGUGAUCGUUCUGUGUGUUAUUAUUUGACUGUGAUGCAAAUGUAUCAAUACCAUGGCCUACUGCAUAUCGAGUACUAGUUAAGAAGCGUCAUCACAGGGAUGGAGCGGGUUGUUUCGUCUGUUAGAGUAGCUGUAUCUGUAUUAUGAGUAAUAAUGAAUUAUUGUACACUACGA